GUCCUCGCUUCGUUGUCCUGUCUUUACCGACCUGCUUCCCAACUCCGGUCGGAGGUCAUCCAUUCUCUCACCAGCCAUCUCUUUCUUUCUAUUCAGUCAGAAGUACAUCAAAUCACCAUCGAUAUAGCAACAGUUUUUACUGGUUUGCUCUGAUGUCCGUCCCGCCAGCGCCAAAUUCACAGCCAAUGUCGGCGACCUCGAGCGCGUCUGGCUCCUCCUCUCGUCCGCGAAACAGCCACCGCAACAGCUCCUACGGAUCACAGACGGGCUCGUCAAGUCAAUCUGCCUCGUCAAGUUUACGAAACACGGCUGCUUACAAGCGACAGAAUUCAAUCAAUACUAUCGAAUCGUCCGUCACCAAGCUUCUGGUCGCGACUAAGAAACUGCUCGAAUGUCUGAAGCAGUGGGCGGCUGGCGAUUGCACGGAGAAAGAUGUCUCUGAUGUGUACGUCAGUUUAGGAAACGAAUUCAAUAUCACAAGUCGCGCUUUUGUUCGGAUCGGGAUCGAUGUCAGUGACUUUGACGAUGUUCCGGGAAAGCUUCGAACGAUUCUGGAAGAGGCACUUGCUCGGGAGCGAUCACAGGCAACCGUCGAUGUCUAUACCCCUGCGAUCCGACAGAUUAUAGUCAAGCUAUUAGAAGGCCUCAAGGAGAAGCAAGCACUUUUGCGUACGCUGAUGGCACAACAACAACAACAGCAGCAGCAAGUACAGCAACUACCCCAGCCAACGUUUUCCCCCGUAACCCCUUCAGGCGAUCGAUCAAUGGUCCACCGAAGCGCCACCUCGCGAUCUCCCACUCGCAACGAUCAUACCGUCCCCACGCGCUCCGCAACAAUCCAAUACCCCCAGCGGCCCGCGGAUCCUACCACCCCGACGUCUAACCCGAUGCCCCCUCCCCACGGCCCGCAGAUCUACCCCGGCAGUCCGAAACGGAACUCUGCGACCUACAAUUUCCUGCCGUCUGCCGCCAGUCCUGUCGCGAGCGCAAGGCCAGAGUCAUCUGAUUUUCCCCCACCGGUAGAUCUACCCCCGAACCCGACGACUCCGCACCCUUCGAGUCCGCAAGCGGCUGCCGCUGUCCCGAAAAUAAUCGAGUCCGUGGCUGCUUCCCCCGCAGAGUACGCAAGCUACUCACACCAGACUCCGACUCAGUCCAACGAUCCUCGAGCACAGCUCCAACGAAGCGACGCGCUAGAACGCCGAGCGUCGCGCAGGUUCUCAGCUUAUCAGUACGCCAAGCUGGGCGCGUCCGGACCCGGUGGACCAACCGCCGCCGGCGCGGCCGCGGCAGCAGCAGCGUCCGAGUUCACGCACAGGUCGCGAGGAAGCUCGAUAACCAACGGCUCGGUAUCGACGCCGAUGACGAUACAAGAGGGGCAGGUUCUGCUUACGAAUUCGGCGCGGAGCAGCGCGAAUGGAAAAGUGACGACGAGCGAACGGUAUUCGUUGCAGGAAACGGAUGAGGAGCAGGCUGAGAACGAGGGCAGUAAGACGCCGAGUAGAACUUCGGCGUCGUUGGGAGAGGAGUCGAAGAUGGCUGCUAUGGCUGAAGAGGAAGAAGGAUCUGAAAACGAUCAGUCAGUUACAUUAAAAGACCCCGAAGUCACCGAGGCAGGCGACGCAGUCCCGACAGCGGAUAUUCUGAAAGUGCCGGUAUUCAUCCAGCUCGAUCGGAAAAUCAAAAAGGUCUGGCUGGACGCGGACGACGUCUCGCUUGCGGCGCUGCGACUGCUUUUUGUCGAGCGGUUUUCGUACUCGCCCGGGUCGGAGAAUUUUCCCGCCAUGUCGAUUCAGGAUAAGGAGACGGGGGUGAAGUAUGAUCUGGAUGAGACAACGAUCAUGGAUAUUACUAGUGGGUCGCUUAUUAUUCUAAACGUUGAUACAGUGGACGAGACCAAAAAAUCGCUUGAAGACGGAAUGACAAGCCUGCUAGCCCAAUUUGCAGAGCUGCAGGUGAAGAUGGUGGCGCAGACAGAUUUGAUUGCGAAAAUGACAGAGUCGCAGCAGACGUCGGCUGCAAAGCUAGAGGAGUCGAUCAAGACUGUUGUCGAGAAGGAGAUGGCGAAGGCUACGGCGUUGACUUCUACUGCUGCUGCUGCUACGCCGGCUUCAAAGGAGGUGGGAAGUGCAACGGCAGCGCCGACGGCGCGACGGCCGCCGAUCACGCCGUCGACGUCGGAGAGGUCGGUGAAGUCUGCGUCGCCGAAGCCGGUUAACCAGGUACAAUUAGCUGAGCUGGCAUCCUUACGCAAGGAUCUUGCUGCGGUGCGGCAGAUCCACGGCGGGAUGACAAAGACGCUGGAGAGCUCGCUUAGUGCGAUGAAGAGCAAGAUUUCGGAGUCGACGAGCACGCAGCAGACGAGUAUAGUGGUUACGGGCGACAAGCAGGUGACGCAGUACCACAACAUUCUGUCGACUGAUAUUGAUAGUCUGCUCACCAAGGUCGAGGAUCUGCAGGACGUGAUUGAAGCGCUGCGGAAGGAUGUCGCGCUGCGGGGCGUGCGGCCGCUGCCGCGUCAAUUGGAGGCGGUCGCGAAGGAUCUUGCGCAGGGGCGGACUGAGCUGCGGCGACUGGAAGCGUACGUGAAGAAGGAGAAGCCGCUGUGGAAGAAGAUUCUGGAGCGAGAGCUGGAUAAUAUAGUUGAAGAGCAGCAGUUUUUCACGUUGCAGGAGGAUCUGCUGGGCGACUUACUCGAGGACCUCGAGAGCGCGGCCGAGACGUUCUCGCUCGUGCAGCAGUUCACGGAGGAGCAGAUCAAGAUCAGCGCGGGCUCGAAACGGUCCGCGGCGCCGUUUGCGGGCGGGAUGGGCGGGUUCGACGCGGUGUCGGGGAAGGAUGCGGUGUUGAGGGAAGUGCGGGCGCUCAAUCCGAACCACGAGAGUAGGCUUGAAGCUAUUGAGCGGGCGGAGAAAGUGAGGCAGCUGGAGAGUAAGAGUCGGGUGGACGAGUUUGAGAAGGAGUUGGGUGAGUUUGUGGAGGAAGGAAAGCUGAAAAAGUCGGGUGGGAUCGAGGAGGUGGAGAGGCAGCGGAAGGUGAGGGAGGAGCAGGUGUGGAAGGAGUGGAGUGAGAAUAGCAUGGCGAUGGGGAUGGGGAUGUUGUAGGAUGUGUGCUCUUUCUUAUCUUUGUGGAGAAUCUGGUUUUCGAAUGUACAGUAAAAGUCUAGUUGUGUUGAGCAUCAUGCAUCUGGCGUUUCCGCUUUUUCUAAUAACUUACUUCUCAGCAGUAACUACGUA